GUACACGGACGGACAGCAUCGCGAGCAAACAGGUGUAUUUUUGUGUGUGGCGCGUGAGAAUCGGGGAUCGCAGUGCGAGAUUUUGAGGAGGGUAAAACUCGUCUGGGUCCUCCCCUAUCAACAUGGAAUUAUUAGAUAAUUACGAGAGACGAAAUGACCAUUUUCGAGAAGAAGCCAGACAUUUGUUACGAGAUCUUCACCUGAACAAUUCUAAUGGCCAACCACGAAAUGACAUGAAUGGAAGGAGAGAAAAACAGACGCGACAACGGACGUUUGAAAACGAUUUACAUGAACAGCAUCAUCGCAAAAACCAAGAUUUGGAUUUGAUUGCAUCUUCAUCAAAUCAUGCUAGAGACCGCAAACAACAUCAACACCAUCGAGGAGGAAUGGGACAGCCUGUAGGAGCUGAGCUUGGAUUAUUGGGAGCUGGGGAUUACGAGGUCAUGGAUGGUAAUUCUGGAUUAUUGGAACACACAACUGGACCAGUUCCCGACAUGGUCAGUGGUCAUCGUUCGUCGGGGGGUUCUGGCCAGCUCCCGCCGGGAAGAAACCGGACGUCUUCCACUUCCAGUCAAGGUUCUGCAAACGACUGGAAUCGCAAUGGUCAUUCAUCGGUCGGACAAUUUGAUCGUCAUAAUUGGGACUCGCCCCCACCUGGUUUGAAAUCAGACAAGAAAUCCAUGAAUGUGACAGGAUAUUCCGCUAACCCCAACUCCAGUUACCCGCCUCAUUCUCAAGGUUCCAAAUAUGGAAUGUCGAGGUCAAAUUCAGCGGCCAAUGCGAACGAGCGACAAGCUAGCGGUGAAAUAUCUCCGACAUUAGUCACGGAGUCUCGUACAAAAAACCGUGAGUUACGGCCAAACGAAAGAAACUCGGCGAUUUCUGCCUUUGACCCUUCACCUUCGCAGUCAAAUUCGCAUGGAAGGGAGUCGUAUGACAGAUCUGUUAUUUCCAGAAAUUCGUCACAAACAAAGUCUGAAGCGCGAUCAACUUGGGUUAACGACGAUUUGUGUCCUCCGCGUUCGGUAGCACAAAGUAGGGAUUACAACGCGGCAGGCUACGGCGGCAUACCCUCUCAGACUUCGGUCAGGUCUGGCUCUUUCCAUCAUGUUCAGACGAAUGAUUACCCUGUUGUAAGCGAUGCAGCGCAUGAUGAAAGACGGCGUGAUUUCCACCAUCAGCGUGAUUUCCACCAUCAGCGUGAUUCAUAUUCAUCUAGCCAUCACCAGAGGGAAGCCUCAUAUCACAUCAACGGCCAACGUUCUGGAGGGGCACGCAGUUCCCCUGCUGGAUCUCAACGGUCGUCAAUAGCGAGCAACAGCUCCGGAGAAACAUCCUCUUCACAUAGCAACAGGAGUCAAGGAGGAAGUGUUGGUCCUGAAAGGAGAACAUCCUUCAGAUUGCAAGGUCAAGGAGUGCCACAUCCAAGUGAGAGGAACCACAGUGUGCCUCCAGAUAUAUAUCCCUCCCAACACAUUGAUACCUACCUACCGGCGCCAAAAAUACGUUCCAACUCCCAGGACCAUCCUUACCCUGCCCAACAUUCCAAAGACUACCAGGAUUUAUGGUCUGCGCAGUCCCAAGGCACAGAACAGGGGGAUAUGUCCCAGGCUUUGAGACCACAAUCUUCUAGUACAUAUAAUUCUACCAGUAUUGAAAGAAGCAUGCCUCUUCCAGAAGGCAAUUCAGGUGCUAGAGUUGCCGACAAGGCAUACACAACCCCAGCGAUGCCAUUAAAUGUUUCCAACUCCAAACAGUCGCAAGCCAGCGUUAGACCCAAAAACGGUUCAGGACAUUCGCAUGGUGGUGCACCAACAAACUCGAACAAGUCAAUAAAUCCUCUUUUACGAUAUGAAGUUGUGCAAAAGAAAUCAAAUGGACCCUCAGAAGCAGAGAGAAAACUUGAGGAACUUACUCAGCAGUUGGAGAAAGAACUGGAAGAAAACCCAGAGGGGGAAGAAUUUGGAUACUGUGUAAAGUGUGGAGAAAAGGUGACAGGUGCAGGCCAGGCAUGCCAAGCCAUGGGCAACCUCUACCACACAACCUGCUUCACGUGCUGCUCCUGUGGGCGUACAUUAAGAGGGAAAGCAUUUUACAACGUUCACGGAAAAGUAUACUGCGAGGAGGAUUACUUGUAUUCUGGCUUUCAGCUGACAGCAGAGAAAUGUGCUGUUUGUGGUCACUUGAUUAUGGACACUAUUCUCCAAGCGAUGGGCAAAUCUUAUCAUCCAGGCUGUUUCAGGUGUGUAGUCUGCAACCAAUGCCUGGACGGUGUCCCCUUUACCAUAGAUGUCGAUCAGAAGAUAUACUGUGUCAAAGACUAUCACAAGACAUACGCUCCAAAGUGUGCUGCGUGUAACAAGCCCAUAACGCCGGGCACAAUGGAAACCGUGAGAGUUGUAUCCAUGGAUAAAGACUUCCACGUUGAAUGCUACCGAUGUCAUGAUUGUAACCUCCAAUUAUCCGAUGAAGAUGGCCAUCGCUGCUACCCUCUCACCGAUAAACUUCUAUGCUACAAUUGCCAUGUCGCCAGGAUAUCCCCUAGCUCUGAUCUCAGCUCAGCCGGCCUUGGGUUUUCUGGUUCUGGCCCUCUCUCCGAGGAGGACUCCGCUGCCUACUCCCCCCAGAUCUCCCCCAGCACCACUUACCCGGUAGUCAGCCCCCCUACAUCACCACCAUCGGCCUCGCCUCACCAUUUACGGGAAGCUUCAUUCUCUGGCAGAGCAACCUACGACCCGUCUGUUAAGUCAGGAUCCCUGCCAUCCGAACCACCGCAGUAUACGCCAGCUCCUUACAGUGGUAGCUCCACCACCGAAGGUCAAGGGUACCGUGCCUCGCCACCACCACCAUCAGACCCACCUCCUUACUCCCCUCAUGACCCCCUCAAAGCCAGCAACCAUCCACCUCGGAAGACAAAUACUGGACAUUACUCAUAUGGUAGCAGGCCUGGCCCGCAGGUUAGACGCAACGGUCGUCAUGAUAGCGGGUCACGUGAGCAAGAGUCUAAAAGUGAUAAUUCCUUAGGUGGCUACUUGGUGACUGACUUGUAAUAUUGGAUUCUAUAUUAUCAUCCUUCACAAGAGUUUGUACAGUAUUAAGGCCUUGUUAUGCAGAAUCUGGUGCUGAUAACAUUUUGAGAGAGUGAUCCUAAUUGAACCUGUCCAAAAGAUUUGGUCAUGACUUAGUGCGUAUCUGGGUCGGGAAUUCAAUCAAUACUUAAACCAAAUUCUUUGCUAUUCAAUUGUAUUUUUUGUCUUUCCUGCAUAGCAGAGCAAGACCAUAGGCGCCGCUUUUCUGAUGGCGUCAACAUUGAAAUCUUAACCAAAGGUUAAGUUUUUAAAAUGUCAUAACUUUGAAAGUAUAUACAUGAAGACCUAGUUCAUGAAACUUGGACAUAAGGGAAAUCAAGUAUUACUGAAGAUCCUGCCUGAGUUUCAGGUCACCUGACCAAGGUCAAAGGUCAUUCUGCGUCAAUGAACUAAGGCCAUGUUGAGGGAAUCAACAUCAAAAUCUUAACCUAUGGUUAAGUUUUUGAAAUGUCAUCAUAACCUACAUUACCUACAAUUCUUAGGUCACAAGAUCAAGGUCAAAUGUCAUUUAGGGUCAAAGAACGUUGUAUUUUAUUAUCAUAUGAAUGAAGUUUCUGAUAAAUGAUUAUUGUAUAGUCAUUUUAAAAGUCGGCAUUGCUGCUGUAUUGAAUCACGUAAUGCAGGCAAGAGUUCCCGAGGCGCUCCACUUAUUUAGCUAAAUAUUUUGCUUAUCUAAGUCAGCCGCCUACCUAAAGUCGGGCUUGCAUGCAGUUUUCAGUACAUACAUGUACGUGCAUUCAACCAUGCUGUGCACAUACAUUAUGCAUUAUUUGGCUCAGGACGGCACAAUGGCCAUUAGUAUUUUCCUUAAAGAUGGCUUGAUAAAGUAAAAUACUUAGAAGUGAUUAGAAUACAAGUAUAAAGCUUUUUGCUUUAAUAGCCACAUUAAAUACUCAGUAAUUUGAUUAGACAAUCAACACUUUGAAUUGCAUACCGGCCCUGUAGAGGGAAGGUAAACACUCCCAUCUCACGAGAGACUGAUCGAUGGAUACAUUGAAACAGUAUUACACCAUUUCAUCAAAUCUCUAUAUAUAUUCUAUGAUGACAAGUUAAAUAUUUGAAAUCCUUCCUAUGAGGCUGCCUUUUGGAGUUAUGCAAGAAACUUGCAAUCAAUAUCAAACUUAAGUAAUGCAUUUAAUUGCAAAUUGUAGCAAUUACUUGUAAUUAGAAUUUGCGAUUGAUUGCAAAUAUUUUCUAGCAAGACCCAGUAUGUGUAGUUGAGUCUAACAUUCUUGAAAUUGUAGUAAGGUUUAAAAAGCUAUUGAACAAAUCUUGGCUUGUAUUUUCAAAACUGUUUGCUGCAUUUGGUGGUCUUUAAAUUUUACCACCCUGCACAAAAUCCAAGUCACCAGACAAUGUUCUCUGUAUUAAUCAAAAUUAGACAUAAGGGCUAAAAAAUAACAUUAUAAGAUUACAGAAAUUAGUUUAUCUGUAUUGAGGAGUAACUCUUUUGCUACCUACUGUCAAAAUUAGACUGCUGGAAGCGUUAGCUGAACUUGUAUAUCACAUGCUUGAGUGAAAGCUGUACUUCUAACACAGAUUUCUCAUUUGUAUCUCCCCCUGAAAUUAUUCUUCAAUGGUUAUAUAAGUGGGAUCUUAUUCAAUUCCAGAACUUGAAAAUGUCUCCCAGAGAUGAUUGCAAUGAAAAUUUCAGGUCAUUUUGUAUUUCCAAAAAUAAAUCUUGCAUGGUUAUACUGUUUGAAAGUAAGAAAGUAAGACCUUAAAAUUUCUAUGAAAAAUGAAACGGCAGCUACAAGAACCAUCCCUGAAAAGAAAAUGAUAAUAUUUUUCAAUUAUUGGCUCAGUUUUUCCCUGUAAUAUAAUGUGAAACUUUCUUAUUGCUAUUUUAAACUAAAAUAAAUGAUCAUUGCAAGUAUAUUGUAGAUGAAUAAACUCUGAAAAAUCUAAGUGUUUAAUAAUUAUCUUCUGUUUGCUGUAAUUGCAGAGAUGACUUCAUACUAGAUCCACAUUUGCAGGUUAAAUUGUACGAUCAUGUAAUGCACCCUUGAAGUAUAAAGAGUGACUGAUUUUAAUGUCUUCCGAACAAAUGUAAAGUAUAUUCUUGCAUAUUACAGAAGUAAAAGCUCUAGAUUUGUUACUAUUAGUACAAUAUAUAUGCUAUUUAUAUAGAGAGAAUUUAGAUAUUUAACAAAAGAUUAUAGAUAUUUUUAGAUUAUUGGUCUGAAAUUAGAUUCUUUGAAAUUGAUUGUUAUGCAAGGGGCUGGUAGAGAGGCAAUUGUGAGAAUAAAUCUUUCAUGAUUGAAAAUAUUUGUGAGGUGCCAGAAACUGGCCCUGUAUUCUGAAUUCUGGUUUAAUUUUUUAAAUGAUGGUCAAAAGUUCUCAUUUACUAUGGGCAGCCUGUUGUGAUGCAAAUCUCUAUGAUCAGAUGCUCAAUUAUCACAUUUUGGCUUUCACAGCAUCGCAAAUUGCCUUGAAAUGAAAAAUAUGAUUCUUUUCAUCACCAUGUAAAUGUAAGAAAGAUCACUUUUAAAUACACGCAGCAUUGCAGUGUAAACAAAUUUUGACACUUUCAUCUUCGCUUCAUUUUAGCUGAGACUUAGACCAUGGUUAACUAGUUAAACCUAAGUUCAGAAUACAGGCCAUUAUGUAAAAAUCUACUCGAGUGUGUCAAUCUGUCUUCCAUUCUGUCAUAUUUGUUCAUUGUAAUUGAUUGAUAAAUCUGGCAUCUACAUGUACAUUCAUUAGUAUAAUUCUUGAGGGGGGGGGGGGAAAAGAGCCAUCAUGAUUUUUAAAAAGACAGAACUAACAUGUUUCCUAAAAGUAUUAUUUGAUAAAUUUUUCUAUUUGUAUUUUGUAGUGUUUUUAUUCUCUUCUGUUUAUUUCUCUUAUUUUUAUAUGAAGUGUUUUAUUUAUUUCUUUAAAGUGUUGAAAUCAAUCAAUUUUUUUCCCUGCAAUGGAGGCCCAAUGCCCCCCCCCCCCGUAUGUAAGUUGACGCUAUGCAUGGCUCAUAUAGCUAUAUAAGGUAGCAUUAGCGACAUUUGAAUCACAAAUUUUUUUUUAAUCAAUAAUAAUUGACAUAUUGGUGGACUAACAUGCCUAAGUUUCUUCUAGAUGGUCUUGAAUGUUUGAAUCUAUAUCAUAUCUUAAUAAGAUGCAAGGACAUCUUAUCGAGUGCCAAGAUGGUAUUUCAUGAGGCUGUGUGUAAUAAUACAACUUUACGCUCAACUAGUGACCCUUUCUUGUAUGCUAAAUCAUCCAAUCUUUGUACUUUCAACUUCUCAUUAAUAAGCGUCAUAAUGUAAAAUUCAGAAUUUCUCAAAAUAUGAUAAUAGGAAGUGCUCUUCCAUUAUAUAAAACCAACCAUUUCGGGACCUAAUUUAGCAUAAGAAAGGGUCACCAUUGAUUUUUAAGUCUUUUGUUAUUAGUUGUGCGUAACCUAUGAAACAGUCUUAGGUAAAUGAUUUCUCAAAUUGUGAAAGUUGCAUGAAUUCAUUUAGCCCUUAUUCAAUUGUUCAUUAGAACAAAAGUAAAAGUGAUGUCUUAUUGUAGGCAUUUUUUUCCUCAGGCAUGCUCCUCUUAGCAUUCUAAUUGAUGGUCACAGAAAUCAUGGACCUAUAUAGGUCCAUGAAGAAAUAUACAUUUGUGUAUUCUUGAAAGUAAGAGAGUUUGAUCAUCUGUGCACCGAAUGACCUCUCUUUUUUUCAUCUUUUUUGCUUGCUUUAUUUCAUGAAUACAAUAAUCAUUGUACCUGUACCAACUCCAAUAUCUCUUUGUACAUCAUACAAGUUAUUUUGUGUAUAUGCUUUGUAUUGCCAAAUAAGCUUCAGUAUUUUAUGUAGCGUUGAUUCUUGUCAUGUAUUCUACACAUAUACUGUAUAUAGACAUAUACAUGUACAUGUAGUUCUAUGUCUAUGUAUUCACUACUACUCAUGACUGCUUCUAUACUCAUUUACAUUUUAUAUGUACAUUCUAAAGUGACAUUUUAUACUACUUUUACCCCUUUUAUUUAUUUCAUUUUACAUCAGUUUUUUUCAGCUAAGGUUUUUUCUUGUAUCGUAGUAUUCAGGUUUUUUUAAAGUGGAGUUUUAAUGCUUAUUUGCAAGUGGCAUUUCAUAUAGAUUUUAAGUUUCAAAAUCAGUUUCAGUCUUGCAAAUCAUUACAUGUUUGCAAUGGGUUUAUAUCUGCAUCUUCAUAUAGGGAAUUUAUUUCAAUUUUUAAUUCAAUUUCAAUUUUGUAUUGAUGCUCGGUUUGGGGCGUGCACAUCCUUAACAGUGGCCAGAUGCGUGGAUCGCUCUGGUCUUAUAAACCACAGCUUUUUGAUAUGUCAUCUGACAGCUACGGGCUGGUGAUCGUUACAAUGAGAGAAAUGUAAGAAAUAAAAAUCCUCUUUUGGGAAUCAAACAUUUUUUUUUUACUUCAAAGAAUUGUUGAAAAAGGUUGGCAUCUCUGAUAAACAGUAACACAUGUUUCAAUGUCAACUGUUAUCUUUAACAUAUUAAUGGCAAGUAAUCUUAGUGCAGAAAAACUUGUGAAAUGGUUUAUUAAGAAUGGCAGUUAUUGUACCAAUGAUCCCUAUUCCAACAUCACUCUCAAAUUCAACUAAAAUGGGUAAAUUUUAUACAAUGUGUGUGUAUGAGUUGAUUUGCAAAAAGCUCUGUUUAUAGUUUUGUAUUCAUUAUAAAUGCAUUUAUAUGUUUACUUACCUGCCUUUUGAGAUCUUUAUGUGAGAUUUAACGCUGUUUUUAAUUCUGCUAGAUCAUGCUUUGUACAGUUAAUUCUGGUUUGGUGAGUUUGUCACUAAGCUGUGGAUAAAACAGUGAAAUUGGUUCACAUUAUUUAUGGCGUAUGGAUAUCAAAAUGGAACUAUUUGAUUGAUACACCAAAAAUUCUUACAUUGAGACCUUGAAACAUAAUGCUCCCCCUUUUUGUAUUAAUUUGUGUCACAUGAUAUUUUGUAUUCUUUUACCAUAUUUCUUUAAAAUUAUGAUUAUAUAGUUAGUGAUUUUAAUAGAAUAUUUAAUGUACAUCCUAAGGAUAUUAAGAUGAAAAAAUUUGACUAUUUAAGUGUCCAAUCGGCUUAUUGGUAUAAAUCAGAUAUGUCUAUUUUAAAUAAAAAGACUAAAAUUAUGGAAUUUUUUAUCUAUCUAAAUGGCUUGUUGUGAUGUUCAAAGCCUACAAGAGGUGAUUUUCAUGCCAUUUACAUGUACACUUUCUUACUUGUAGCUCUGAAUAAACCAUUUAUAGACCUUGUGCAUUGAUGUCAUGGCGUCGCCAUCUUGGAGGCUGAAGCCAUAGCCUUGUAUGUUUGGUGAUCUGCAGCUGGGGCUGACAAUGCUUACGCGUAUUAUCCUCUGGUAAAUAGGGCACUAUGACAUGAUAUCAUAUACAUUAGGUCUAUUGUCAAGAGCCUACUCAGGUUUAUCAUGUAAUUUAAUACUCAUUUGCCUUAAACUAUAUAUCUUCAAGGGAGUGUGCCUGACACAAGAUCAAAAAUGGAUUUAGCCAAAAUUACAAACCAAUUAUACAAAGUUUAAGAUUAUUAGCUCUUUGGUAACUGUAACCAUGGUAACAGAUUCUGCUCAUGCCAAUCCAGUAAGCAUGCUGUCUUGUCGGCAGGCUAAAGAAUUUCCCACCUCUUGUACAAAUGAUUUUUUUUUUAAUAGAAAUUGAGUACAGUAGUAAUUUUUUUUUUAUUGUGUAAUAGAGAUUUUUAAUUGGUAUUGACAAAAAUUAAUACUUACGUUAUAUAAGGUCAGUGGUGAUUAUCAUGCAAACAGUUCUCCAAACUCUGCCUCAAUUUUUUUAGCCAUCAAUUAUUCACUAUUGUUAAUGGCAAGUUUGAAGUUGCAGUAUGUCUAGAAAGCAUGUUUAUGAAAAAAUAUGAAUUGUAUUUUUGUGUAAACAUUUACAAGCGUUUUGUGUAUAUAAGAUAUUGAACAAACAAUGUAGAAUUAAAAGUAGUUUUCUCUUUUAAAUCUGUUUUGUAUUCAGGAUGAAGCAUAAUAAUGUAAAUAAGUUUUAGAUGAAGAAGUACUGACUUUGACAUGUACUGGUAUUGCUACCCUUUUGUAUUAUGAAUAAAAAAUACCCUGGACGUAACAAAAAAUA